AUGGGCGAGAUCUCAUCGGUGGCUGCGGCGAGAUGCCACCGCUUCACGCUCUACCACGGCACAUUCAUCCAGCUCCCGCGCGAGCCGACCGCCCCGGCGACCUCGACGACCGCCCCGGCAUACGAUCUGCUCGUCAACGACGGCGCUGUCUGGGUCGAUAACUCGGAUGGGCGCAUUGCCGGGUGUGACUGGGCGGUCAGGGGCCGGAGAGAGCUGGACGAGCUGGCCGCGCGCAUGGGAUGGAGGCUGGCCUUCGACGACAGCGAGGUGGAUGGCUCUGGAGAGACAGUGGUAGUCAGAGUGAUACAGUCCAGGGCAGACAGGAACGGCUUCUUCUUCCCUGGCUUCAUCGACACGCAUAUUCAUGCACCUCAAUACCCAAAUUCCGGAAUCUUCGGAUCAACGACUCUGCUUGACUGGCUGAGCAAGUACACAUUCCCGAUGGAGGCGUCGUUUGGCGACAAGAACGCUCCCGAUACGCCUACCACAAGAGCCCAUACAGUUUACAACGCCGUCGUGGCCCGGACGCUGUCCCACGGCACCACGACGGCCGCAUACUACGCAACCAUCCACGUCCCUGCCACCAACCUGCUGGCCACCAUCUGCCAUUCCAGGGGCCAGCGAGCGUUCAUUGGCCGAGUAUGCAUGGAUAAUCCCGACACCUGUCCUGACUUCUACCGGGACGAAUCGACAGCUGCCAUGGUGGACGCAACCAAGCAGUCAAUGGCCUACAUCCACCGUCUGGACCCGUCAGGCACGCUGGUCAAGCCCAUCAUCACUCCUCGGUUUGCCAUCUCCUGCACCGCCAAGGCACUCGCUCGGCUAGGUGACCUUGCUGCCUCUACCGACCCGCCAACCCACGUACAGACUCACAUAUGUGAAAACGAAGACGAGAUCCAGGCCGUCAGGAUUCUGUUCCCGGGCUGCUCGACGUACGCAGAGGUAUACGACCAGGCGAAGCUCAUCACCCGUCGCACCGUCCUCGCGCAUGGAGUACACCUGCUCGAGUCUGAACGAGCGCUUAUCCGCAAGAGGUCGGCAGGGAUAUCCCACUGUCCGGCAUCAAACACCUCCCUAAGCUCUGGCAUGUGUCCCGUCCGCGUCCUGCUCGACGACGGCAUCAACGUCGGUCUGGGUACAGAUGUCAGCGGAGGGUACAGCCCAAGCAUCCUCGAGACAGCCAGACAGGCCUCCCUCGUUUCUAGGCUGGUAGCAUGUCACUGUGGGAAGGACGAUGGGCGCCGCAACAAGCUCAGUGUCGAGGAGUCGCUGUAUUUAGCCACCAGGGGCGGAGCCAAGGUGUUGAACAUGCAGGACGAAGUUGGUGGGUUCGAAAGGGGGAUGUUCUGGGAUGCGCAGAUGAUUGAACUUGGACCUAGCAUCGAAAGUGACCCGAACAGGAUUGCUGUUCCGGAGAUGUUGGAUUUGCAACAUGCCAGCAGAGUGUGCGUGUAUGGAUGGGAGAGCUGGGACGAGCGAAUUGCCAAGUGGAUGUGGACGGGCGAUGACAGGAAUGUCAAGGCCGUCUGGGUUGGUGGAAGGCUGGUCCAUGGAAGCACAUAA